AGGGUUUGUAUAUAUAUACAUGUAUAUAUAUAUAUAUAGUGAUAGGAAUGGGAUGCAACAAAAUUAUAAUCGGAUAAAUUGAAGUAGACGUUACUCUGCAUCUAUAAUGGCUCUCCUUGCUUGCUCUGCUCUCUACCUGUUCUCCUCCUCCUCCUCCUCUCAUUUCAAUCGCCAUUUUAACAGAGAAGACUCCAUAGAUUUCUUCAACAAAGAUCAGAUAAGAUGCGUCUUUGAUCAGCCAUUGCCGACGACAAGUGAUCAUAAUAGAAUCUAAACAUGGAGGCGCGGCAGCGUUCAUUCUUAGAGACAUACAAGAGAAAGCUGCAGCAGAGAAGCAAAGUUAAGGAUGUGGAGAAGCCCUUCCACAUUGACAUUCCCAGCCAGGACAAAACCUCCAAGUUCUGCAAGUUUCAUCAUCUCAAACUUGUCUUCCUUCUCAUCUUACUUGCUGCCUCCGCCACGCUUCUCUACUCACCAUCUGUUUGCCAUCGCAACUGUUUCUCAUUUUCUAUUUCUCGGUUGGUAUGGGGUGGCUCAAAUGCUCGAUACAUAUCCCAUUUAGAUAUUGAUUGGGAUGACAUUUCAAAGGCCAUAAGCAAAAUCUCUCUUAACAACAGAAUUCAAGGCAUUGGUCUCCUCAACUUCAAUCACAGUGAAGUUGAUCGAUGGAAACAACUGAUUCCCUCAGAUCAGAGCAUUCUUUUGCACCUUGACCAUGCCCGCAAGACUCUUACUUGGGAUGCCUUGUACCCAGAAUGGAUUGAUGAAGAACAAGAGGAUGAGGUCCCUACUUGCCCGUCUUUGCCAAAGAUCGAACCGCCCAAUAGAUGGCUCGAUGUAAUUGUCGUCAAGCUGCCAUGUCGAGACGAGGGGAAUUGGUCUAGGGAUGUUGCUCGACUGCACCUGCAGCUUGCGGCUGCUCAGCUAGCAGCCGCAACCGCCGCCGCCUCUUCUAAAGGCCGUCGCCCUCCGGUGCAUUUGCUAUUUGUCACCAAUUGUUUUCCCAUACCAAAUCUUUUCACUUGCAAGGAGCUUGUUUUGCAUCAAGGCAAUGUAUGGCUGUACAAACCAAAUUUGGAUACUUUGAGACCAAAACUCCAGCUACCAGUGGGAUCAUGUGAGAUUGCACUUCCGCCCAAAGCCAAAGGAAGAAGAGAUCCGCACAGAGAGGCCUACGCAACAAUACUACACUCUGCUCAUGUCUAUGUCUGUGGCGCCAUAGUUGCAGCCCAGAGCAUCCGCAUGGCGGGAUCUACGCGAGACCUAGUCAUAUUGGUGGACGAAACAAUCAGCCAGUACCACAAGUCUGGGCUUGAGGCUGCAGGCUGGAAGAUCAGGACAAUCCAAAGGAUAAGAAACCCCAAAGCCGAAAAAGAUGCUUACAACGAAUGGAACUACAGCAAGUUCCGGCUAUGGCAGCUAACCGAUUACGACAAAAUCAUUUUCAUCGACGCUGACUUGCUCAUCCUCAGGAACAUCGACUUCUUGUUCAGCAUGCCCGAAAUAUCAGCCACCGGAAACAAUGGAACCCUCUUCAACUCCGGCGUGAUGGUGAUAGAGCCAUCAAACUGCACAUUCCGUCUCUUGAUGGAUCACAUCAACGAGAUCGAAUCAUACAACGGCGGAGACCAGGGAUACUUGAACGAGAUCUUCACAUGGUGGCACCGCAUACCGAAACACAUAAACUUCUUGAAGCAUUUCUGGGUCGGAGACGACGAAGCGGUGAAGAGGAAGAAGAUAAAGCUGUUCGGGGCCGAGCCGCCGGUGCUGUACGUGCUUCACUACUUGGGGAUGAAGCCAUGGCUGUGCUUCCGCGACUACGAUUGCAACUGGAACUCAGACAUAUUCCGGGAGUUUGCGAGCGAUGUGGCGCACAAGAAGUGGUGGAAAGUGCACGACGCCAUGCCAGAGGAGUUGCAGCAGUUUUGCCUGUUGAGAUCAAAGCAGAAGGCACAGUUAGAAUGGGAUCGGAUGCAAGCUGAAAAUGAAAACUUCGAGGAUGGACACUGGAAGAAGAGGAUUAAGGAUGGACGUCUGCACAAGUGCAUUGACAAUUUAUGUUCUUGGGAAAGCAUGUUAAAGCAUUGGGGGGAAACCAAUUGGACAGAUGACGGGUUUUUGAAUCUUUCCUUAUCUCAUCCUCAUCUGCCGGCUAUUACCCGUUCAUCUCUAUCUCUGUCUGGCUUGUGAAAAGUGGGUUUUGUUUCUAGAAUAGAAUAAGAAUUUUUUUGAACUUAAAUUUCUUUCCCUGUUUCCUCUUUUUCUUGUAUUUUCUUUCCUUUGCUUUGUCUUCUUGCAUAAAGAAACCCUUUUAGCUCCGCUGCGUAAUAGAAGAAUUAUUUUGUCCACCAAUCCGGAUGCAGAAAACAGGACGCCAGCGCCUUGCAAUAUAAAAAGGGGGAGAGAAGAGAGGUAGAAGCGGGAUAUUUUUGGCCCCAGCAGGUCAUGUACCCUGAAAUAUAAGAACACUGACAAAUUUCUUAAUAUGAAUUCCAAGUCACAUUGGAUGCAUAAAUGU